UGAGAUCAUCCCACGAGGAGGAUAUAAAAGUUUGGGUUUUUGGCUUCGCAAGAGGCCACCACUUUGCUAGUUCCCGGCAAGCCAGCGCAAGGAGCUCUUGCUUAUCAUUUCCACGGAUACCACAAAUUGCUCCUCAGCCUUUAGGCGGCAAUCAUUGUGCCCCCCCACCCCCAUACAGGCAGCUUUUGAUACACACGCACCACAUUUCAGCACCACAGGCUUUUGGUCCUUGCCUGGUGGGUCCUGUUAUUCCUGAAAACAGCUCCAUCGUUCUUUCUUUCAUCGAGGGGCAGAGACCCUUCCCGGCCGCCUGUUGCCUAGCAACCAAAAGCAGACAUCCACCAUCCAGGAGCCAUGCAAAUCCCGGGGCUGUUUCUGGUAGCGGCUUGGAUCCUGACCCUCUGCCCCCAGGCAUCACCGACAAGCAUGGGACACCCUUUGCCCGUGCCCCUGAAAGAGAGCCCCCUGUUCCCGCAUCCCUUGGGGAGCAACGCCCCAGCGGUGAGCAAAGACAGGACCUCACCACCUGCUCCGGUCAAACCUCCUCUGGAUUAUCCUGACGAUCAACAUUACGAUGACUAUGACUACCCUCUGACCUCAGAGCCCCAGACGCCCGGCCUCCCACGGCAGCCCCAUCACCUUUGCAAAUACAACCCCUGCCAGCACCUCCAAGUGCCCUGUGAGGAGCUGAGUAGGGCUAGCGGGUGCUUGUGCCCAGGGGUCACCGGCCCAGAUGUGCCCCCCGAGCCGCCCCGCCUGCAGAUGGUCCACACGAGUGAGGUGGCAGCGAGCAUGCGCUGGUGUGCGCCUUCCUCCACAGUGCAGGAGUAUCGCUUGCGCUAUCAGUUGGUCGGCGAGGACUUCCUCUCCGGCCCGGCCCUCAACAACACUUCCCGCUUGGCGGCUGUCUCAGGGUUGCUGCCAGGUCACGAGUACCUGUUAUGCAUCGUGGCAUCCAACCGGGCCGGAUCCAGCCCCAUGGACGAUGGCACCCGGCAGCACGGGCCGUGCCGCCUCGUCUGGACCCCUGCCCACCAAAUGCCCUAUGUCUACAUAGCUGCGGGGCUGGCUGCCACCCUCAUCCUUGUGGUCAUCUCUGCCUUGGCCUGGCAUUUCUGCGUCCGCAACAAGAGGAAGCAUCCUCACCGUGGGUCGAUGGACAAUAUCCUCGACGCUGAGACAGGCCUGGAUGGCGCGGCAAACAGCUCUUUCCGCAGUGAGGAGCAGCUCUGAGCAGGGUGUUGGCGUCUACUGGCAAGAUGGCAUCUCUGUUGCUUCAGAGUUAGAGGCUCUGUUUCUUUGUGGGAGCUUCACUCGACGCCCUUGCUUUCAAAAUGCUGUGUCUGUUGCUGCCUCCAGGGUGGAAGGGGCAGCAAUUUUGUGUUAUCCAGGCCUUUUUUUCAGCCAGUACUCAGUUCUGGUACCUCUCAGGUGGGCCAUUGCCAUUAUAAGAGAACAAGUGAGGCAUUCAUGGUGAGUUCCAGCACCUCUUUUUCUCAGAAAAAUAGCACUGGUGCCAUCCAUGCUGUCUACACAGAGGUGGCAACUGUUUUCUUCAGAGAUGUUUUCUUCAAAGGCUCUGUCGUUUUCGUGGACCUUCGCCCAGCUCUAUUCCUGCUGCCUCUAGGGCAGAAGGGGAGCGAUUCUGAACUCUCAGCGCAGGGGAAUUUGAACCAGUCCACUCCCCUGAUCUUUCAUGGCCUGAGAGAGGGUGCACAGACAGAUCUGACCUG